CUCGUGAGCCCCGUGGUUAGCUUGAUCGUGGGCCCGGAUCAUCGCCUCUUCGUCGCGCAUGAAGAUGUACUCUCCCGGGCUACUUUCUUCGAUGCUAUGCUCCGAGAUCAGUUCAUCGAGAGCAACUUGAAUAAAGUGGUGGCGCUGCCUGAUGAGGACCCAGAAAUUCUUUCCUGCAUCCUCGAAUUUCUCUACAAAGACGACUACUACCCGCGUCUUCUACCAACCAAGCCAGUUCACUCUCAUCCCAGCAAGGACGGUAGUCCCGUCGGACCUAACACCUCCCCCACUGCCACCUUCUAUCAUCACCGGGCAGGCCUCAUCCUCCGGGAUACGGCCAUCUACUGCGCCGCCGAGCACUACGGCCUCCCCGAGGCCCUCAAGCACCUCGCCCUGCGCAAACAGGGCAUCCGAACCGGGAUUGCGGUGGACGUGAUCCUGCGGUCCGCGCGGUUCGCAUACGAGCAUACGCCCGAGUCGGAGGAUCAGCUGCGCGCGCGGUAUCUGGCCAUGAUUAUCCGGUCGCGGGCGGUCUUCAAGGCCAGCGGCACCAUGCAGUUGGAGAUGGAGAGGGGCCAUCCCUUCUUUUUCGAUUUGUUUGUCGCGCUGUGUAAUCAUGUGGAUGAUCUGGAGGGGAGGGUUGCGGGGGCCGAGGUAAGCUUUGCUUGA